AUGGAUGAAAAAAAGAUUGAAAAGUGUUUGAGAAAUUGCGAGAAUGGAUCAUGUUAUGAAAAGAUUAGAGGAGAAUUAGCUGAUGAUAUGAUAUGUAGAGAACAUGAGAUCAGUGAGUUUGAUGAAUUAAUUAAUUGUUGGAUAUAUGAGAAAAAUAUGAUAAAUUGAGAGAAGACAUGAAAAAAUACAAAUUCAAAAAUGUAUUCCACUAUAAACAAAGUCAUCUAAUAUUCAAAACUCAAUUUUUUGUUUCACUUCCCGUUCUUUUUGAGGUCAACUCAAUUAAUCAAAUCAAAAAUUCAAAGUUUUGGCCUUUUCAUCCGGAAAACAAAAAAUAUGCCCAGAAACCAUUAAAAUUUAUGAUAUUUUCUUAUGAAACACGUAAAAAGGGGGAAGUUUUUAAUUUUUUUGUUGAACUAAUAACAGGAAAUUUGAAUAAAACCACUCAAAAUAAAUACUUUGAUAAUCUUAUUUUAAAAUUUUUAUUUUAGAAGACAAACGUGGAAUGCAUCUCAAUGAACAUACGGAAUUAUCCUAUCCAAAUAAUGCAACAUUUUCGUAAGUUUAGAAAAAAGGGCGAGCCUCAAUUAAUUAUAGUUCAUCUAUAUAUUUUUAGGGUAUCAUCAACAUUGUCGUCAAAUUUCUCAUUCGAUUUUCGAACUCUAAGCGAAUAUGGUUAGUUUAUUUUUUCAGUAAGAGAAAAAAUAUGAAAACUAUUAUAAUUUUUUGAAUGUAGUCAUCCACGAAUUAUUUAUAAUAGCUUUUUAGCUAAUGAAAACAAACAUGAUGUUUGUGAAGUUUACAAGACUGAAAUAUGUAGAUCAUUUUUUUUCAAUGUGGGAUUUUUUUGGAAUCAGCAAAGAAACGUUAAAGUAUGGAAACUUUUCAAGAUUUAGUCUACAAUUUCAUUUUUCAAAGAAUCAGUGAAUAAAAAAAUUCCGAAAAAAUCUUUCGUAGGGUGAAAAUUUUAUGUGAAUAUUUCAAAGUGCAUUAUUUCUUGAAUACAUUUUUUUGUUGUCAAAGAAACGACUUCCCUUUCAAAAAAUCAUCAUGUUUUCUUAUAAACAAUAACUUUUCAAAGUUAAAAAUAUAUUUUCCAGCUGCUUAUGAAUCAUAACACAAAACAUAUAAACAUACUGAAACAUUCACUUCUUUUCCUGAUUUUGACACGUUUCCUUUUCUUUUUCUAGAUUUUCGAACUUUAGUUUUCUCACAACAACUUAUCUACUUAUGAUUAAAAAUUCACGUGGGAGUUGUUGCAAAAUGAAACUUGAGAAUUUUAAAAAUCUGAGAAAAAAUCAUGUUUUUUCCAGGUGUUUUAUGGUUUGAAGGUGGUUUCAGUCAAUCGGAGGAAAAUUCUGAUUUUUUGAUUAUUUUUGUUGACGAAUCGAAAUUAUAUAUUGGAGUGAAUCUUGGAGAAGAUAAUUCAUUGAAACCGAUUUCAACAAAUUUGACAGUAUCUGAUAAUCAUUGGCAUACUGUAGAAUUUAGAAGGAAAGAAAGGAAAUGUGAAUUAUGGACUGAUGGAAGAAAAGUUUUGACAAUUGUAACUUCUCCAGGAAAUAAUACACUUGAUACUAAUGGAAUUGCUUAUUUAGGUUUGUUGUAUAACAAAUAUAUCAGCAGAUCUUGAAUUGAUUUUCUGCAGGUGGACCAAAAAAACAUAGACAAUUGAAAUCAUUGGGACUUAUUACCAAGUUUGUUGGAUGUGUCAGAAAUUUGAAAAUCUUUGGAAGCCCUGUUAACUUGCUCAUUGAUUCAUUAACAAAUAUUCGACAACCCAAUUAUUGCCAUAAUUAA